UUACGGAUGAGAAAAUGGUGGUUUACACAACUUGGCUCGAGGUUACACACUAGAAAGAAGACCUGAAACAACGGCUGCAGAUGCCAGAGUCUGAGCUCGUUACCGUUUCACCCAACCGCCUCAGAGACCUCCCCGCCAACGCCACAAGAACGAAAGGCAGAAAAGAGGAACUCUUCAAAGACAGGGGAUUCUGAAGAAGCUCGGUUCUUCUGCUCUUACUGCGCUGCACUCAGGGGAUUACGGCUCGGGACCGAGCCCUGCUGGCUUCUGCCCCGGAAGUUUUUCUGUCAGAGAAGCGCGCACGUUGAGCCGGCUUUACCGCUGCUUCUCUCUGGCUGCGUACGGAUCAUGUCGUCCAAGAAGAACAGAAAACGGCUAAACCAAAGCGCCGAGAAUGGUUCUUCCUCGGCAUCCGCUGCUUCCUUUCCUGCAGGGACCACAGCUUCUGCCGUGGCGGCCGGGACUCUGGUGGUGAUUAACUUCUUAGAAAAGGAUGACAAAGUUCCUAAAGCAUUCCAGAAUUCUCUUGUUCAACUUGGACUCAAUACCAUGAAGUCUGCAAAUAUUUGUAUCGGUCGACCAGUGUUGCUUACCAGUUUGAAUGGAAAGCAGGAGGUCUAUACGGCCUGGCCUGUGGCAGGAUUUCCUGGAGGCAAGGUUGGCCUGAGUGAAGUGGCACAGAAGAACGUGGGUGUGAGGGUUGGUGAUGCCAUCCAUGUCCAGCCUGUUUUGGGUGCUGUGCUGCAGGCUGAGGAAAUGGACGUGGCUCUCAGUGACAAAAAUGCAGAUAUUAAUGAAGAACAACUGGCUGGUUGUAUUUUGAGAAAACUAGAUGGCAAGGUGGUUUUACCAGGCAACUUUCUGUAUUGUACAUUCUAUGGACGACCAUGCAAGCUGCAAGUGUUGCGAGUGAAAGGGGCAGAUGGCACAAUGUUGAGAAGGGCUCAGAAUGACUCUGACACUGCUGCCCGGGGAAUGGCCUCUGAGCUGUCCAGCCGAGAUCCUAGCACCCUGGAUAUAUCCUAUCAGCUAAGCCAGUUAGAUCUGGAAGUGCCCCGACGGCCGGCAUCAAGUAGUACUCCUUACAGACCAGUAGAUGACAGAAUGAUGAAUAAAGCUGGUGGCAUUUUGUCAGAUGGUACACAGAGUCCUGGGAAUGGCAGUGGACUUGGAUUAGAGGAGGUCACAGGGCUUGCAUGUAGUUUUGAGUCUGCCAGGGAAGGAAGUGAGCAACCUGUUGAUGAAGAGAGAUUACUGAAGUCACCCAGCGUGGGAGCACAGAGCAACACCGAUACCUUUUAUUUUAUUUCUUCAAAAACAAGAGUCAAUUUUACAAAGAACCGUACAAAUUCAAAAGAUCAAGCCAACCAAUUAAAAGUAACUUAUGACAUGAUAGGUGGCUUAAAUAGUCAGCUGAAAGAAAUUAGAGAAAUUAUUGAAUUACCUCUCAAACAGCCUGAGCUUUUCAAGAGUUAUGGAAUUCCUCCUCCUAGAGGAGUGUUACUCUAUGGCCCUCCGGGUACUGGAAAGACGAUGAUUGCCAGGGCUGUUGCUAAUGAAGUUGGUGCCUAUGUUUCUGUAAUUAAUGGCCCUGAAAUUAUAAGCAAAUUCUAUGGGGAGACAGAAGCAAGAUUACGUCAGAUAUUUGCUGAAGCCACUCUGCGGCACCCAUCAAUUAUUUUUAUUGAUGAGCUGGAUGCACUUUGCCCUAAAAGAGAAGGGGCUCAGAAUGAAGUGGAAAAAAGAGUUGUAGCUUCACUCUUAACACUGAUGGAUGGUAUUGGUUCAGAAGGAAGUGAAGGACAGGUGUUGGUUCUUGGGGCCACAAAUCGCCCUCAUGCAUUGGAUGCUGCACUCCGAAGACCUGGACGCUUUGAUAAAGAGAUUGAGAUUGGAGUUCCAAAUGCUCAAGACAGGCUGGAUAUCCUCCAGAAACUGCUUCGAAGGGUACCUCAUUUACUCACAGAAUCUGAACUGCUACACCUGGCAAAUAGUGCUCAUGGAUAUGUUGGAGCAGACUUGAAAGCCUUGUGUAAUGAAGCAGGUCUUCAUGCCUUGCGGAGAGUCUUAAGGAAACAGCCUAACCUCCCUGACAGCAAGAUGGCUGGAUUGGUGAAGAUCACUCUGAAAGAUUUCUUGAAGGGGAUGAAUGACAUCAGACCCAGUGCCAUGAGGGAGGUAGCAGUCGAUGUCCCAAAUGUAUCCUGGUCAGAUAUAGGAGGACUGGAAAAUGUCAAGCUGAAACUGAAACAGGCUGUGGAAUGGCCCUUGAAACAUCCUGAGUCUUUCACCCAAAUGGGUAUUCAGCCACCCAAAGGAGUUCUUUUAUAUGGGCCACCUGGAUGCUCUAAAACAAUGAUCGCAAAGGCUUUGGCCAAUGAGAGUGGACUGAAUUUCCUGGCUAUAAAGGGGCCUGAAUUAAUGAACAAGUAUGUUGGUGAAUCUGAAAGAGCAGUUAGAGAGAUCUUCCGGAAGGCAAGAGCCGUGGCUCCUUCCAUUAUUUUCUUUGAUGAACUUGAUGCCUUAGCAGUUGAAAGGGGCAGUUCUUCAGGUGCUGGGAAUGUAGCUGAUCGUGUCUUGGCUCAGCUCUUGACGGAAAUGGAUGGCAUUGAACAGUUAAAGAACGUGACAAUCUUGGCAGCUACCAAUCGUCCAGAUAGGAUAGACAAGGCUUUGAUGCGGCCUGGAAGAAUUGAUAGAAUCAUCUAUGUGCCUUUACCAGAUGCAGCAACAAGAAGGGAAAUACUUAACCUGCAGUUUCACUCUAUGCCAAUCAAUAACGAGGUUGAUCUGAAUGAACUCAUUCUCCAAACAGAUACGUAUUCAGGAGCAGAGAAUAAAAUUCCAUUAAAAUAUUUGUGCAACUUUUCUACAUGUGUUCAACACAGAAAUGUCUUCUGAAUACCACUGAUAUGGGUUUGUACUGGAAAAUUAAUACUCUCAUAAAUACGAAGUUGCAGAUUCUUUUCAUUCUGAAUUAUCCAGCAGACUGGGACUCCACUUUCUGUUUUGAUUGCUGUUAUUUUUAUCUGUCUUCUAUAAAAACCAAAGAGACUAAUACAUAAUAAACCAUAUGAUAAUCAGAGUCUUGUAGAUAAAUUUACAUGUGGAAUUGGAUUUAGUAUAUCAUGCAGUCAUAGCUAAUAGCAACAACCAAAAAAAAUCUCAGAUCUACUCAUUGUUUCUGCAACUGUGAACUAUGUAUAUUUUAUUUUCCCCCUUUAAAUGUUUAAAUUCCACUGGGGUGGAAAAUUCUUGUAGAAAGCUUAAGAAGCAGUUAAAAUGGCUUUACAUUUAAAGUCCUGUCUAAAACAAUAAUCUUUAUGAGCAUCUCUUUGGCAUGACCAUCCAUUAAGUUAAAAUGACCAUAAAGUUACUGCUAGCUGACUGCUGUAGCAUUUCUCGAAUUUAGUUUUUGAUGUGAGAGCAAAGGCUGGCAUCCUGUAUAUGAUAUGUCAGUUUACAGGAAACAGCCAGGAGAAGAAACCAUAAAUCUUUCACUUGAGUGAAGUGGAAGAGCAGUUAGCAAAGUAUAAAUAUGCCUUUCUCACUUUGAAGUAAUUCAUGAUAGUAAUGCAGAAGUGCAAAAAAAAAAUCAAAGCCAAUGAGAUCCUGUCUGGCUGAGAAGUAAAAUCUCAUUUGGUGCCAGGAAUUAUUGUACCAGCUUGCUAAUUCCUAUGUAGUACAUGCCUUAUUCAGUCUGAAAUAUAAGCACAUUCAUUUCUGAUUAAUUUUUAUAUCAGCUCUUCUAAAAAUAGUCAUAGAGAAAGUAGCAGACAUUUCUGUCCCUCACUUUACAUUUCUGUGUCCCAUAAUUCUUGGAUGAGGGUAGGGUAUUCCACUGUGGUCCUAAUUAGUAUAUGAUUACAUUUUUAUAGACAUUUAUUCCAGACGUAUGUCUUUGUAGUUCUGUGUUUUCAAUUUGGACAAGACAGAUUAGUUACCCAGUUUUUGUUUUGAGAGGAGGGUUUGGUCUCAAUAUUUAGGUAAUUCACACAGGUGCCCUAUUGUUUGAAAGGAAAUACUGUCUUUUUUAAAGUCUUAAAAUUAAUCAGUAGGAAAUUUAAGAUAGAUUAUACUUAGCUUCACAUAAAAUAUAAGGCCUCAUCUUUUUUUCUUCUCUGUAUCAGAAUGAAAAUGCCACGACAAUGUUUGAAAGCCAAAAUUAGUUUUGAUGGGUUUUUAAAUAGUAAAAACAAAGUCAAAGUUUGAACUUCAGUCAUGUGACUCCUACAGACUCACUGCUUUAUCACUGAUGUAACUAAUUUAUUUCUUCCCCCAGCAAGGUCAUAUCCGCACAAAGCCUGCUACAUAGAAUAUACUUUACUAAGACUUAAUAAGCUGAAAAAAUUAUAUUUAGGAAAAAUAGACUUUCCCUUCUCAUUUGUCAUAUAGGAAAUUUCUUAUAGCAAUGCAUCCUGCUAGAGGUACAACCUCUUUUUCAGGGUUGAGUGUCUCUGUGGCCACUUUUGGUAUAAAAAUGAAACUGCUAACUCAGUUAAUUGUCUUCUCAGUAAAGUAGUAUAUUCAAUAUUCAAUAUAUUCA